GCGGCAUUUUAUCCGGUAAAUUUAAUUUCCUUCGAUCUCACGAUCCGGAGGACGGAAGUGGCUGCAUCCCCUGUUCACGCCUUAACCUCCGCAUCGACCACCACCCCGCCGCUUCCACCAGGCCACCACCACCGCUGUUCUCUCUCUCUCUCUCUCUCUCUCUCUCUCUCUCUCUCUCUCUCUCUCUCUCUCUCUCUCACACACACACACACAAACACGAUCUACUGUGUGUGAAUCUGAGCUACGAACCAACCCCCAUUCUCCAAGAAAAACACAUCCCCUGCUCCCUAUAAAUAAUAACCUUCCCACUGCAAUUCUUCUUCACAAUCAACAUUCCAUCGCAUUCUAUCUGUUCUUUCUCACUCACAUAUCAUCAGAUUUCCAUUUUCUUUUUCAGUGAGUGAGUGAGUGAGAUCAAAUGGCAGGAGGAGGACGUUCGUACACUGCUCUGCUUUUGGUCCUAUCGUUGAUUCUCUUGAUCGCAUUCGCCGAUUUUGCUCAGGGAUACAAGAAGCUUCGUCCUAGAGAUUGUAAACCCAAAUGUACAUAUCGAUGCUCUGCAACAUCACACAAGAAGCCAUGCAUGUUCUUCUGUCAAAAGUGUUGUGCGAAAUGCUUGUGUGUACCAAAAGGUGUUUAUGGCAACAAACAGGCAUGUGCUUGCUACAACAACUGGAAGACUAAGGAAGGCAAACCCAAGUGUCCUUGAUUUUUAUGUUUCAAAGAUCGGAGGGGUUUCAUUGACAAUUUUAUAAGUCAAAGGGUCUAACUGUUUCUUUCACCAGUUUAUGUUUGUUUUGUUGAUUCGAAUAAGGGAAGUGUACGGAUAACCGAGGGGUAUUUUAGUCAAAGUGUUGUCCGUAGGGUGUUGCCCUCUUUUAUGCUAAGCUAAACUAGGAUCUCAUGUCAACUUAUCAAGUUGUAAGUGUGCUUUUGUCUUUAUGUAUUUAGAGCAUUUAUGA